AAUGAGAUUAACGACAAUGAAGAAGACUCUAAACUUAUAGAGAUAGAGAGUGUGACAGCAGUUGUAAAGAAAUUGGCAGAAAAAGAUGGCUUAAACCAGAAAGAGGCAUUUAGAGAAAAAGAAAGUGAGUUUCACACCCAUCUGGAAUUGCUUAAGUAUGAGUUUUACCUUUCAAAUAUUAAAAAAAUAGAAAAGAUUUCGGAAAUUACUAAAGUUGAAGAGGAAAUAGGAACAAAAAUGAAAGGGGGACACUUGCCACCAGAAAAAAAAGUAAGUAAUUUAUACCAGUCUUUAAAUAACCAAAAAGCACUUAUAAAUCUAAAAGAUAUAGUUAACAGCGAGGAAAUUCCCACCGAAAUUGAUAAGAUAAACGAGCAACUAGAAAGAUUACUUGCUCGUGCUACUUCGGCUGAGAAAUUUGCUUACCAGGAAUUGAACAAGGAAGGAGCAGUUGAUAAAAAAGAAUUGGAAUUAAAGAAAACUAAACAUCUAAAGGAUAAGUUAUUCGUAAACGUGGGAAAAAUUGAGAAAUACUUUCAGUUUCGUACUGAUUUUUACAAGGCUGCUGAAAUUACUUCCAGUCUUGAAAACGACCAGUUAAUUGAUAAAUAUCGAAAAAUAAAAGGAAUAAGUGGAGAGAGAGCGGGCUUAAUUUAUAAAGAUGACAAGGAAAAAGAUGGUUAUCGUUAUGAUGUACAGAGUACAAGUAGGUUACAGGCAGAGAUAAUGAAUGAAUUACAGACAAAAAUCGACGAAGCGAGAGAAAAGGUUAAUACUGCUACUCCUGAGCAGAUAUCCUCUUUACUAAAAGAGUUACUAAAUUUCAAUGAAAAAUGGAUAGAAGAAGGCAAGGAUGACUCAGCAAAAAAGGCUCGGGAGGGGGCUCUAUACCAAAAAAAAACUAGGUUAGACCAAGUCUUGAGAGAAUUAACUGAAAAAGAAAUUCAGUCAAUAUGUGAUGACAUGUCUGACCCAAAUAAAUAUGGCAGUGAUUACAACAGGUUAGAGGAGUUAGUGGGUGAUCGUAUCGAGGCUUUGGAUGAUGAAUUUACAGACAGUAAAGGCAGAAGCAAGUCCUUUCUGAAUGAAACUAAAAAGGAGCUAGAAAGUAUCUUAAAAUUCCGUGCCGAUUUUCUCGAAGAGGAAAUUGACAGCAGUGGUUAUGCUAAUUUACGGCGGGAAAAUAGGGAUUACCCUUUCUUGGUCUUAAGUAUUACUCGCCAAGAAGCCGAAAAAAGAGUGGCAGCAGAAGAAAAAUUGCGCGAAGUGGUCUAUCGUCCAGAAAUAAAAGAUGAUUUAGAAAAACUUAAAUCACAUUUAAAAGAGUUAGAAGAUUUAAUUCCCAAAGACGAAUCCGCUGGGGACCAAACGACUCCAAUUCAAUACGCCUAUCGGUACAAUAAAGAGGCAACUGAUUCUAAACGGAAAAAUUUAGAAGAAGCAAUUGACAAUCUUCAAAGAAAAUCCUUUAUUAAUGAAAUAGACAGUUCCGUGCAAAAAAUAAACACUAGCAUUCGAGGACAGGGGGUUGAAUUAAUUGAAGAUGAUAAUUUGGAAGAAGUAGAAAAUUGGAUAAAAAAUGGAUUAACUGUUGAAAUUAAAGCACUUCUUGUAAAACGCUUGGAAAAACUUUGUCAAAUCGAACCUAAGAUAAAUUAUGAAGAUAUAGGUAUUACUACCAGCAUUCAAAGUAAUUUUGCCAAUGUCAAAACGUUGAGUGAAUUAGCAGCCAAAGGGGCUAGAAUUGCUAACAAAAUUGUCAACAUAAGAAAUGAUCAAAAAAAAAAUGAUCUUGAAAAUGCUGCUGAUAUUUUGAAAAAUUUGAUUAACAAGGAAGUAAGUGAAAAUUUAGAAGAACUUCGUCUUGACUUGAAUAACUUUCAAGAUUUGAUUCCAAUUGAACCAACAGGAGGCAAAUCAAUUACUGGAAGACAGUUAACUCCUGCCGAGAUGGAGGCCUACAAGGAAAAUAGAGAUGAGGCAGAUGAGAAAGAAUUAAAUCUGCUCAAAAAAAUUACUAAACUCGAAGGAAAGGACUGA